UAACCUAAACUCUCUCAGAUUUCAUAUUAGGCCCAUUUUCUGACCCGAAGUUCUCUCUCUCUCUCUCUCUCUCUCUCUUUCUUUCUCUCUCUAAACAGUCAUUUUCUUUUCCCGGAAAAAGUUCCUUCUUUGAGCGAAUUCAUGUCGGAAAAGGGUCGACCGCUACCAAAAUUUGGUGAAUGGGAUGUUAAUGAUCCUGCUUCAGCCGAGGGAUUUACUGUAAUCUUUAACAAGGCUAGGGAUGAGAAGAAGACAGGAGGCAAACCUGAAUCACCAGGAAAGACUGAUUCUAAUAUCAAGCCUGCAGCAGAUCCUGCCAAACCUCCUCAGUCUAAAAAAUGGUUUUGCUGCAUUCAAGAUCCACCUGCAGAGUCCUGAAAAAGGUGGUCUUCUUCUUUUUCUUGUUCUCCCCAAGAAGCUUCUUCCACAAAAGAGCAAUAUUGUUUUUUACAAGUUGCUCCACCAGAUUUUUACAUACAAGGUAGGAACUUUAGAUCAGUGGAUGAUGGGUGGGUGGGUGCUACUGGAAUUUUUAUCUUCUGUGCUGUAAAAUUAGAGUUGUGAGUGAGUGAGUGAAUGAGUGAGUGGGGAGGAGUAAAGAAAACAACAAUAACACUUGUUGUAUCUAUAUAAAUAUACUGUCUUUAUGUGGUGAUUAUAUUGGAUGCAAAGUCUGUUUCUCCUUA